GUAGCUUAAAUAACCAGCUAUUUGCUACACCAUACACCAAGUACAUUACUACUAUAACCUUCUAGUAACAUUAAUAGAAAUGGCUGCCCAUAUCACACCCUUCAAGUUGUUUACAUUCGUUCUGUUCCUUGUCCUUCUUAAUACUAUUAGUGCUACUAUGCUGACUGAUGAAUCUGGAUUGACAUCGCCAGCACACUUUGUGCUUGUUCAUGGUGCCUCACAUGGAGGAUGGUGUUGGUUUAAAAUCAGAGCUCUACUCGAAAAAUCCGGGUUUAAAGUCAGCUGUCCAGACCUCCGAAGUGCCGGGAUUGAUCCAGCUGACGCUAAUACUCUCUCUACUUUCCAAGAAUACACUCAACCACUUCAUGAUCUUUUAGCCAGCCUACCUGAUGGUGAAAAGGUAAUUUUGGUUGGACAUAGCUUUGGAGGAUUCAGUAUUACAGAUGCCAUUGACAAUUUCCCCGAAAAAAUUGGGGCAGCUGUGUAUGUUGCUGCUGCUAUGUUACGGAAUCCAUGGCCUUUCGGAAAAAAUAUUAAAAAUGAGCAAGAAACACAUGAUGCUUUGUCGAUAUUUAACAGUAAUAUGGAGUGUUUCUUUGAAAAAGAAGGAAGCCGUUUACCUACCAGUUGCAUGUUCAGGAAAGAAGUUCAACGUGAGCUUUUGUACAACCUAAGUCCUUUGGAGGACUCGACUCUAGCAGGAAUGCUAUUGAAGCCCAGCCCUUUUAGAUCUUUCAUAAAUGCUCCAUUUCCAAGGAAUCUAAAAAAUGUGCCACGAGUUUAUGUCAAGACUUUGCAAGACAAUUUGUUAAGACCAAGAAGGCAGGAUUUAAUGGUGCUUUUCUGGAGACCAUCUCAAGUAUAUACAAUUGAUAGUGAUCAUUCUCCCAUGCUUUCCACGCCCUCUGAGCUUUUCGACAUACUUGUUUCUGUAGCUGCUAAUUUUACGUCCACAUCUGAUAUUUGAUUACUUUUAUAUUAAAUUUAUAAGUGGAUUCUAAAGAAAGUACAUCAUGUUAUGUGUCUUCUUCUUCUUUUGUGUUAAGGAAUUUUAAGGUAAUAAGACUACUCGAACUGCAUAUUUAAAUGCGUAAUAAUACAAGAUACUUUUUCUCUUGUU